UCUCCCCUCUUUGCACAGGUUUAAUUACGGUUCAUUGUUGUUUUUUGCUGCCAGAGUGAAUCCUCUUCCCCUUCCCCUUCGAACCCCCCGGCCAACUUGGAAAGUGAGGAUUGCCUGCUCGAGAGAGCUGGCUGCCUAGGGAAUUUGAAUUCAGGUCAAUGAGUGUGGAGAGAAUUGCUUGCAUCGGACGCCGUUCCAGUGACUGCUACCCUUACGCACCCGAUACCAUUGACCGCGCGGCAGUGGGCUUAACGAUACCUUCGGAUUGUGAUGCAUUUGCAGAAUCAACCUCCAACAUGCCUUCUCCGCGGUAUCAAAACCGAAGGACGACAUUGAGCGGGGCGAGUUUUGUCAUUCUGUCAACGCUGCUCGUACCGCUAGCGGCUGCUCAGGCAGCUGGGAGCUGUAUUCCACUCUCUACUUCUCGCACCUGCGCAGCCUUUAAUCGUUCCUCUAUAUCCACUUCGGCUGCUCUAUUUGGAAGUUUGUAUGAUCCCACGCGUCUCCUCGGUGAACCAUGAAUGAGAGUGCUAACACUAUUUCAGCCCCUUUCUUCAAUAUGUUGCCAAUAUCGAGCAGUUUGACAAUCAAUUCGAACAGUAUAUCAAACAAGAUUAUGCCAAACAUAAGUGAGUGGCAGCGGUGUAUGUUUGCUGCGGUGCUUGCGCGGCUGCUGACAUGCACUCAAGGUUUCAAGAAUUGUUUGGUUGUUCGAACCUUACACUUUCCAAUACUACCGAGUUAUACGCACGUUACACACGGAGCGUCCUAUGUUCCCGAAUGAUUCAGGAUUCACGGAGACUAUGUUCACUUUCGAACCAGGAUUCAACCCCCAUCUGUGCAGAUACUUGCGUACGCAUUCUCGUCGAAGUAGAUGAGCUUCUCUAACAUGCAUCUUUUAGGCUGAAUUUGCCAUCAGCGAGCAAAUAAUUAUCUCGAAUGAGGAUACCUGUGGAAGCAGUUCAGCAAACACUCUUGACUUUAUACGUUCUGACUUCACCAUCUGUGCCUUGCCAUCAGAUUCUCUCUCAGGCAGAUGUAUUCAAGGGGAGGAGAACGAAUCUUACAAUUGUGGCUAUAAGUGGGUUCUCCUGAGUCUAUUUUUACACGCUUGACUUACAAGCCCAAUAGUGAGAAUUUACCCGGGUUGUGCCUUUAUUGUGCAAGUGGCUCGCCAAAUUCAACGGAUACAUGUUGCUACAAUUCAAAUGCUCAAAAGAGGUGUGCUGACGUUGACCUGCCGACUGCGACUGCCUUGCCCCCUAUAUUCACCACGACUUUGAGUCCGUCGGCAUCUAGCUCACCGGGCUCGGGUACCGGUGGUUCGGGUCGUGGUUCGGGCGGUGGUUCUGGGCUUUCUGCAGGCGCGAUUGCUGGAAUUACAAUUGGUGCUCUCGUUGGAGUGGCUCUCGUUGCUUUCCUUGUACUGUUCUACCGGAGGAGAAGACACGGUGCGCCAGCACCUGCUUUCACUCAGCCGACCCGGACCUACAGAAGCCCGUCAAUAACCUUUAAUCCCGUUGCCUCAAAUGUGCAUGCUCAGGGAUAUGAGGUUCUGGCUGGGGGCCGGAUCGCCAGAAUGUCAGCUCUUGAAGCGACUAACAUUGCAUCAGAGAGCGACCCAUCAUCUCCAGCAGUCAUUGCCAGCGGUGGACGCAGGGUUAUCGGCAAUAGCUCGUCAUCCUCCGAUUUUGGUCUCGAGGAUAGCCCUGAAUCGCAUAACCAGCGAAAAUAUUCACCUCAAGGUCGCCCAUUACACCCACCACCACGUGACCGAAAUGCCUCUCUAUCUAGUACCUCGAUUCUGGCGUCUGAAAACCCAACUUCCCCUAUUACGGACAGCGAUAGGGGGCUUGCUUCCCCUCAAUUUCCUAGUCCACAAUCAGAACAAUUGCCAUUCUUCAAGGUAUGUCAUUUCUCUGUACGGUUUAUGAGUUUGUGUUGACGUUCGGUGCGCUGAUAUUCUUCUGUAGGACUAUUAUUCGUCCGAUGAUAUGCAUCCGGGUGAUAAGGUGGCGGUUCUCUGGGCAUAUGCACCGCGGGCGCCUGAUGAAUUUGAACUUGAGAGGGGUGACAUGAUUAAGAUCGUGGGCAUCUGGGAUGACGGUAUUAUAUUCCGAACUCUUGUUAUCUUUGUUUUGCUAACAAUUCUAGGAUGGGCGACCGGGGUCCGCUUGGGCGAGAGGGCUGAGGAUUUCAUCAAUCGUCGUCACAUGCGUGAUAGUGGGAUAUCUGCUUCACAGAUGUCGCAACGUCGGGCAUCCUCGCCCCCUCCUAGGGGUGAAGUUAAAGCCUUCCCCUUGGUGUGCGUUUGCUUGCCAGAACAUUGGCACAAAACAAUUGAGAGCGAUACUCAGGGCGCCGAGUUUGCCUCGCAAGCCAUGAGUGAUCCAGCGGAGGGAAGCAGUAUGAAAGAAGGUCGGCUGCCGGAUGAUUCCAACACAGAGAGAUCAUUUACUCCCGAGCGAAGGCUAACCCUCAAGGGUUCUAGUCGGUUCCGAGAAGACCUGAAUGUCCCUCGAACCGGAUCCUCGCCGCCGCCUUGA